UGACCUGACCACAGCUGUGUGACAGCUGUCGAGUCUAUUUUGUAAACAUCAGCCGAUGAUUUGGGCAUGAACGUAUAUUUUCCAUUUUAUAUUGCGAUUUCCUUGUUUGUAAAAGAGUGAUAUAACAAAUUAAUACAGUAGAAUGUCUUCCAAGUCUAUUGAAACUACAUUGAAUCCCGAUACAUACUGGGAUUCGAUAAAUAUUUUGGUAUCAAAGCCACACGUUAUCAACAAGAGGUUAUGGGGCAGCAAAUUAUGGUUUAGAUGUAGUGGAAAGCAAAAUGUUUUAGCUUUAACUGAAAUUACAACAAUUAGUCCACUGAAUGAAUCUGUGACUGAUGACAAUAUUGAAAAGUUAAAGACCCAAAUUCUGAAAGACCUUAACAUUGAUAGUGUAGUUGAAUCUGAAGACAGAGAUAGUACAAUCGAAGUACUUCUCAUAGAAUUGCUUCCAAAGAAUUAUUCGGACAGUCAGGCUUAUCAAAUUGUGUGUUUGCAAAAAGAAAAGUGUACAGUCACAUUCUAUAAUGUAACACCACAAAGCCUAGAACAGAAAAUAUGUCCUGAUUUUUCAUAUUGUAUAUUUCUGUCUAAUAAUCAAAUCACGCUAAGAGCUAAAAGUGAUGAAUCAAGUAAGUCUUAUAAAUGGCUUGCCAACACACUGCUUCCUCAACUUAUCAAGUGGGGAACUAAUCCUAUUAAUGAUGAAGCCAAGACUAAUGUAAUAUGUUCCGAAUCAUUGUCAUUAGUUUCACAAACUAAGUAUUAUGAAAAAUACAAUGAUUUGAAGAUAAAAUAUGGAAAAGAAAUGGUCAAGAUCUGGCCAGAAUGUACAGAUGCAACAAAAUUUGUGUAUGAAGAUGUUGCAAUUGCAGCAUAUCUGUUGCUUCUAUGGGAGGACAAGACAGGCAACAAGAAAUCUUUUGUUGAUUUAGGAUGUGGAAAUGGCCUACUGGUGUACAUACUAACAAAAGAAGGUCACACUGGUAUAGGCUUAGAUGUUCGAAAAAGAAACAUCUGGGAUAUGUACCCAUCUGAUGUGAAAUUACAAGAAAAAACUAUAACACCAUCUGACGCAUCAAUAUUUCCUGAUAUGGACUGGAUUAUUGGAAACCAUUCCGAUGAGCUUACACCUUGGAUACCAGUCAUUGCAGCCAAGAGUUCAUAUAAAUGCAAUUUCUUUCUACUCCCUUGUUGUGCUUAUAAUUUUGAUGGAACUAAAUAUCAACGUAAGAACUCAUAUAAAAGCCAAUACAAUGAUUAUUUAGAUCACAUAAAACACUUGUGUGAAGAUUGUGGUUUUAAAAUAGGUAUAGAUAGGCUUAAGAUUCCUAGUACUAAGAGAAUAUGCUUAGUUAGUAGUGGCAGAAUAUAUCCAGAAGAUGAAUAUGCAGUGUACUGUAACAAAAUUGAUGAAAUAAUAAGCAAAGAUUCAUCCAACACAUCACACAACAUAAAUAUAGAUAAAGAAUUUAAAGCCCGAGAACCAGUUGAAAGAGUAAGAAAUUGUACUCAAAUUGAUAAAGGUGUAGUGGAGUCUAUAGUUGAAUGCAUUAGCCGAUACUUGUUAGAGGGAUGCACAGAGUCAGAUCCCAAUUGGUCCAUUGGAAGAAAAGCUGAGUUCAAUGAACUAGUUCAACUUAUCCCUCAAGAACAUUUAAAUAUAUUGAAAUCUGAAUGUGGUGGAAUACAAACACUCUUGAAAAAUAAUCACAAUAUUUUUGAAGUCCAAUCAGGAAAAGUUGGACUUAGAUAUCCAAAAACAAUAAAUGAAGUUGUUAGUAAUAGUAGAAAAAGAAAGUUAAAACAAAUGCCUAUAAAGGUGCAGCAGAAGAAAUGUUGGUUUUAUAACAAUCAUCCACAGGGGUGCCCCUUGAGUGAUGAAAACUGCAGUUUCCUUCAUGUGAAAAUAAGAUAAAAAGAAAAUAAUAAAUCAAAGUUAUAAAAAAUAGAAAAUAUAUUUUAUUUAUACUCAGUCCCAAAUAAGAUAAGAUACACAUGACCCAAAAAAAUAAACCUUAAAAAGAAAUAACAUUAACAUUGAAACCAGUUAUAAUAAUAAUUAUGAAUUCCAUAUUCCAUCAGUUAUAAUUGAAAACAAUUUAUAUAAUACAUAUUUACAAGAUAUAAUCACUUAACAUCUAACCGAAAGAAGGAAUGUAAUAAACUCUUAAUCUAGUUCAAAAAAUUUGUUGAGUUCACUUAAAUUCCUGGCAUCCACCUGUUUUGCCAGUUCAUGUUCUCCCAUAAAUGCGCAAACCAUUCUUAGUGUUGUCCAAAUUGUAGAAGAACUAGUAUCAGUAGAAGAUUCUGGAAACAUGCUUGUAGCUUUGUGCUGUUGGUUCAGAGCCACUAAGAAGUGUUCAGCAGCUUGUCUAUGUGCACCCAGAUUCAUACAAGUGAUACCAACAUUGUACCUAGCCCUAAUAAACCCAGGCUCUAAGUUCAAAGCUUGGUGGUAAGCAUCCACAGCUUGCUCAGAUUUGUCACUAUUGGCUAAAGUGGCUCCAAGCCUGUUCCAUACUUUUGCAUUGUCACUCGCCACCAUCAAAGCUGUCUUAAAACAGUCUACAGCUUUGUCAUACUCUUGACUGAUGUUGAAGACUACUCCCAAAGCAUUCUGGACAUCUGGAUCAAUCUGAUUCAUAUUCAAGUGCACUGUCUUCAGGUAAAGUGCCUUGACAUGGUUUUCUAAAUCCUUCACAUCUAAUUUCCUGGGAUCCACAU